AUGGCCUGGGCGUUGGAGCCCCAGCUGGGCUUUCACGAGCUGGCCGGUUUGUUCCAGCGUCUGGGCGGCAAUCAGGGCCGAGUUGGUCCCGUGGACUUCUGCAGAGCUUUUCAGGCUGUGGACAUGGGCGUGCCCUUACGAGGCGAGCGAGUUGAUGGACGAGUUGCUUUCUCGCCGCGCAGGCAAGGCGACUCUAUCUCAUGCCUCGCGCCGCAGAAGGAGGACGAGCGCUUUCACACCCGAUGUGGACAUCGGCCUUUGUUCAAUGUCCGAAAGCACGGGCAAGAUGCCAAACAAAGGAUGAAGCAGCUUCGGGAGCGAGAGUUUCGUAGUCGUGCACUUGAUGAAGAUGCAGCAGCAGCUCUGCAGGACUUCGUGCGAAGACAUAAAGUUCAGCAGACAUCUGGCAAGCAACAGCAGCUUAGCAGCUCUGGAGGGCGUCCUGACAAGUCGGGCCCCGCGGAAUCGCUUCGAGCCACUGCGGCGCGCAGUUCGCCGGAAGUGCCCAAACCAGCUGCGACGACCCGCAGCUACAGCAGCGAGGACUUCGACGAAGAUCAGUCUGACGCAGCAUACAGCGAUAGCUUCCAGAAUGACUAUGGAAGCAGGAGCUCCGGCAGCAGCAGCCCUCGUGACAAAAAGGAGCGGAGC